AUGUUCCAGAAAGUCAUGCAAACCGACAAGGUAGAUGUUUGGGCUCUCUUUGUCACCAUGCUCUGGACGCUUGACCUCGGCGAAUUUCGCCAGAAUUCGAAAAGCUUGAAGUCUCCCGGUGAGGCUCAUGUGAUGAUCCUAUCAAUGGCCUCGAACGAGGACGCUGUGUCAAAGAUUCGGGAAAUGGCAUGCUUGAGCCCAGCCCAGCGUGCUUCUGCAGCUCAAAUGCUUUGA